AUGGCUUUGAAUAUCUUCUUCGUUUUGGUAAUCUUCCAGCUAGCAACCAUCAUCCAAGCAGGAGGAAACAAACAAAGUACACCUGAACAUGAUGAUCCGUGUGCAGAACAGAAGUGUCGCCCUGGCGGCCCGGCUGUAAGGUUCCCGUUUGUGCUCCAGGGAAAGCAGCCUGAAUACUGUGGUUACAAUUCCAGUUUCCAUCUUCGCUGUGACCAACUCAGCCGUACUAUACUUGAGCUGCCUCCUUCAUCCAUAAAAGUUGAGGUAACCUACAUCUCCUAUUUGUCCCAAAUGAUAAAACUCCAAUCUGUUGAAACGUGCCUCCCAAAGCAUUCAAGAGAUCUUGACCUAUCUCUCACCCCCUUUUUUCCCCGCAACGAGGAUACUGGGGCCUCCUGGGCAUUUGAAGAGUUCUCUUUAUUUAAUUGCUCGCCACGCCCAUGGGGUUUGAUUCUCAUCAAGUGUCUCGGAAACAAUAAAUCCAAAGUUUAUGCAAUGUCUUCCAGAGAAAUAAUUUGGUAUGCAUCAUUGGAAUCGUGUACAAAGAUGUAUGACACUAAAACCGUAUCAGCUGAAAUGUUUCAAACAGAUUUGAUCAUAUUGUAUUGGUCUUUGCCACUGUGUCGGAGAUGUGAGGUACAAGGUGGAAUUUGCAGAUGGAGAACUGGACAAAUCGGCUGCUUGAGAGUUAACAAACACCACUUUGGUAUGAAAUUUGUACUCUUCUGAAUCAUUUCAUUCAUUCCGGUCCAUUUCUAUAACUUUACUUCAAAAAGUAAAAUAUAUAUCCAUCUGUCUUUUUUUUUUCUCCCCCCUUUCCGGAAGUGAUUGGUUUCAUCGGGAAAAAAUGGGCAAGCCAGAAUGAUACACAAACAAUAAUUUUACUAUUUAUUAUUUUCUUCAUGGAAAUAAUUCUGAGAUGCUUAUGGCCUUACAUAACCAUAAUCCUCAACUUUACUUGCCUAGAACUUGUUGAAAUUGGUAGUUGGGUUUCUGUUUCUAUUUUACAGACUCCAAAAAGAAUUCUGACUAGCAAACGUAUAUGUUACAGGUACCUUGAAGAAAGUAUUGUUUAUUUCUGGUAAGUUUUGUUUUUUUCCUUUUUUUUUUAGGGGGUCUUUAUCUCGAACAGAAAGAUGGAAAUGAACUGAGCUCUUUGCAACAGGU